CUUCAGUUUAGGACGGCCCAGAUGGAUCAUAGACCAGAACAGCCUGAUAACGUUACAGAACCAAAGGAUCGAUUCAGACAAAAUAAGGAUUUACUGCUUUCUAAACACGUUUCCUUCUCAAGUCAGGAUGUCGCCGUCGAUGGACAUGGAACCACAGGGAGACCCACAGACAGCCUAGCCUUCAGCUGCUCUUUGGGAACACCAGCCCGGACACAGCGCUAGCUCCCGGAACGAACCCCACACUGGAGAAUGGAUGGGCGAGAUUUCGGACCCCCCCGGUCCGUCCAUGUUCCCCCUUCCCUGCUGGCCAUGGAGACCCACCGACUCGGAGCUCCUGCUGCAGCCGGGAGGAUCCCUCCCUCGCCCGGACACUUGGGCACAGGGCACCCAGCGAACCUUCACGUCGGGAAAUUCCUUCCAUCGGUCAUGAACCUCCAUCCACAUCAUAGUGAUGCCUUCCCAGCAGCCUCCAGUCCCUUCCUGCCGGGCUAUUCCGGCCCCUCCCCCCUGACCUCUGACCCAGCCUUCAGAUCACCCAAUCAAAUGGCUCAGCUCUGGGCCUCACACGCUGCCGCCCACGAAGGCUACGCCCCUCUCCCAGGCGGUCUCUACCCAAGCCCCUACCACCUCCCCCUGGGUCACCUGGAGCCUCCUCCCCCCUCCCUGGGCUUGGCUCAGCACCACCACCUCUACACCACACCACACCAAGAAAGGUUCUACCUACCGGUUUCAUUACCACAGCCGCCCCUCCAACCCCCCUCCGCCCCCCACAGCUCCAUCCCCCAGAGGAGCUCCCGGGAGGGGGCCAGGGACCGAGACAGACCCUACCUCGAGGAGAGGGAGAGAGGGGAGCCCCAGGAGGGGGCCAGGGACCGAGACAGACCCUACCGCGAGGAGAGGGAGAGAGAGGAGCCCCAGGAGGGGGCCAGGGACCGAGACAGACCCUACCUCGAGGAGAGGGAGAGAGAGGAGCCCCAGGAGGGGGCCAGGGACCGAGACAGACCCUACCGCGAGGAGAGGGAGAGAGACAGAGGGGAGGGGGGCAGGGACCGAGACAGACCCUACCGCGAGGAGAGGGAGAGAGAGGAGCCCCAGGAGGGGGCCAGGGACCGAGACAGACCCUACCGCGAGGAGAGGGAGAGCGACAGAGGGGAGGGGGAGCGGUCGAGAGAGGAGCCCCGCCCAUACAGUGUGGUGGACCUGACACAGGAUGGGAGGAACGAUGAGGAGAAGAGAGGGAGGAGUGGAGAGAGAGAGCGGGACCGAGAGAGAGACAGGGAGCAGGCUUGGGCUUUCCUCCAUUACCGCUCUGCUCCUCAGCCCCCCCGCCAGGGCUCCCCCUCUUCCGGACGCUACCCAGAGACUAAUGACGCACGCACUCGCUCCCCUAACCCGAGCCCCCAAACACACAUUCGCUCCCCCAACCCUAACCCUAACCCGAGCCCCCAAACACACACUCCCUCCCCUCACACACACACAGACAGGCUGAGGAAGAGUGACUCUACUUACAGUGGUGGACUCCCCCCCUCCUCUCUCCCUCCUCCUCCUCCUCCCCCCAGCCUCCCCCCUGGCCCCACCCACCCUGCACACCGGGAGCCUAUCAGGGAACAGCGUGUGAGCGCGCCCACUUACGUGCCUUCUGUGGAGGUCUAUGAUGAGCGGGUCGGCCCGAUCCAGAUCGCCUCGCAGGCCAGGGACAAACAGGACAAACUGAUGGAGAGGGAGAGGGAUCGAGAGAGCGGGGUCUCCAGGUUUCCUGGAAGGACUCUAUUGGACCCUCGCGCUUCUCUUCCUGGUGAUUUGUCCAAUCAGAGAGAGCGGGAGGAGGGCUCUGUGAUCCGCUCCAACGGUUCGGCUCUGAAACGAGACGGUUACGUCAGCCAAUCAGGGUUCAGCCCGGACCCCAGGGACACGCCCAAACAUGCCGUCCGUUUGGGGGAAGGGCCUAGAUGGAACCCCAUCAGCCCAUUGGCCAACUACGCCACCAGUCACAUGACAGCUCUGGCCUCCCAACACGGACACACGCGAUCACAACACGCACACACUCAGCCCUCGCACAACCAGCACGGACUCAACAGACCCCCGUCCGACCCCCACGCACCCCAACGCGGACACACACGUUCCCCGCACCCCCUGCCCCAACCCCAGAGGGGAGAGGAGGGGCAGAGGCGCUACGUGGACGCCUCGGCCCUGUACCACCCUGGGGGAGGCAGGGGAAGCAGCGGGGGAGGAGGGGCAGAGUCCGAGGGGGGAGGAGGAGAGGUGUCGGCCAUGCAGAGUCUAAUCAAAUACAGCGGGACCUUCCCGCCUGACGGCCAGGGGUCCUCCAGGCAGGACACGGACAACCACGCAGCCUUCGGAGGGCUGGGGUUCAUGAGGCUGGAGGAGGGGGGAGGAGGAGGAGGAGGGGGGAGGCCGAUGAAGAGGGAGCAGGAGCGUCCCGACAGCACCCGGUCGUUCGGACGUGGCGAGGUGGCGGGGGCGGGCGAGGGCGGGGGAGAGGUGCGUCACCCCCCCGUGGGGAUAGCCGUGGCGGUGGCCAGACAGAGGGACAGCAGCGGUACAGACUCACGGACACAGAGACCUCUGCUACUGCACGGAGGGGUCAAAGACGAAGAGCGGGGGGGAGAACGAGGCCGUCACCAUGGCGAUAGACUGGGCUGCCUUGAGCGUGAGCAGGAGAAGUUGCUCAGAGAGAGUAAGGAGCUGGCAGAGUUCACCCAGAUGCACCCCCCCCUGGUGUCCAGCGCCCUGACCUCUAACCUGAUGACCUCCAACCUCAUGGUGACUGGAGGCUCCGCCCGCUGGCCCCACGACCCCUCCCCCCUGACCUCUCACCCCUGGAUGCCCCGCCCAGGAGCACCCCCCAUCUGGCUGUCCGGAUCCCCCUACGGUUUAGGCCCCUCCCCCCUGCACCAGGCCCUCCCCCCCUACCAGCUGGCUAGAGACCCCCAGUCAGGACAGCUGAUGGUUAUAACCACAGACCAUAUACCACACUAUGGAGGAGACGUGUUGGAUGGUGGUGGCGCCCCCGUGUGGCCGGCGGUGUAUGGAGCAGGCAGUUCUCUGCAGCACGCCGCUCAGCUCCAGAUGCUGUCGCAACAACAGAUGCUGAGGCAACAUGAACUGAUGAUCAUCCAACAACAUGCCGCUCAGGUCCUGGAGCUGCAGAGGAACGCUCAACUGGUGGAGCGUCUGAAGGCCAGUGAACAGAGGGCGGCGCUGGAAGACAAGACGGAUAAGAGGAGUUCCGAGCCCAAACCCCGCCCCUCGCCACGCCCCACUCCCUCCCCCUCACUCCACUCCCAUAAAACUCCCCUCCGUUCGCCUCCCCCCUCCUCCGUCACCCCCCUGCCCUCCCCCAGGCCCGCUCUCAAACACCAGGAGGUCCGGAGAGAGGGGUCUCACCCCUCCUCUCCCCUACCUCGCACCGCCGCCCCACGCUCUGCCUCCCCCCUGAGACCCAAGCAGGACGCUGACGAGGGAGAGGAGGGGGGGAGAGAGAGGGGGGAGAAACAGACCACCGCCCCCUUUCACAGAAUCUACCCAGAUAUCACCCCUGGUUAUCCUUACCAGUCCAUCACCGCUCCGUUCGGCGCCCCAUUCCCCCCCCGCCCCCUCACCCAACCAGCGGGGUUGAACACACACCCCCCGGUCUCCACCCUGCCUCCUCUGCCGCGGGCCACAGCUCCAGACGUGAAGCCUCGGGGCCCGGAGCUCCGGCCGGACCAGGGGACCUCGCUGAAGCGUGACCCCGACCAGGAGCCACCCCAGCUGGGCAUGAGUCCCGCUGCCCUGGGCCCUCUGCUCCAGACCUCCGGCCCUCUGACCCUCAGCCACGUAGAGAGGGACGGAGAGCCAAGCCUCAAACACACGCAUCUCACCCACACGCACACGCAGUUACACACACAUCCCAGCCUCAAACACACGCAUCUCACCCACACGCACACGCAGUUACACACACCACACGCCAGCCUCCCCUCAGCCCCACAGCCCUGCGCUCCUCUACCUCCCACACACCCACAACAACGACAGACCGAGGAAGAGGAGGAAGAGGAGGAGGAGGAGGAGGAGGAGGAGGCAGGAGCGGUCAAGACGGAGGUGUCGACCUACGGCUGCCGAGCAGCCUAUCAGCUUCCGCCGUCCGUCCCGGAGAAGGUGGAGAUUAAACCAGAGGUCACGAAGAAGUUGAGCCCCGCCCGUUACCCAUCAUGCACCACCACGGCAAGCUCAGAGCGACUGACCUUUAGACCGAGCCCCGACACACACCCUCAUACGUCCUCUCCUCCCCCUCUCUCUCCCAGCCCUCCCCCUCCCUCCCCCCUAAACAUCGUCCCUGAGGAUCCCAUGGCUGGUAUGAUCGCACUGCUGGCUGCUAGUCAGAUGACCCAGGCUGCCCCCCCUGUCCUCCUACCCAGCCUGCUCCAGACAGAGGCCUCCCUGGGGAGAGACGUGGCCAGCCCUGGGUGUCUGGAGGCCUGGGCUAUGGAGGGGAUGGCUCUACUCAGCCACAUGGCCUCACUGGAAAUGGACAGAAUACAGCUGGAGCAGGGUGAGGUGUUGUGCGGUCUCGACAGCCUGUUAGAGGCAGGUAGAAAGGUGUUGCUGGAGGCCAUUGAGAGCCAGUCUCACAUCGACCUCCCCCGACGACUACACCCCGGCAAGACCUAUAGCUGGAGGAUGAGGACAGACCCACAGCUGUUCAGUAAGGUGUGUGUGGAGGUGUGUGAUGGAGCAGAGGUGGAACAUCGGAUGAGAUUAGCGGAGCUGCAGAGGAGGUACAAGGACAAACUGAGACAACUGGGAAAGCUGCAGAGACGCUCCGACACCCAAGAGGUUCAGCAGCUGCAGGAGGAGGAGAGGCGGAGUCUAACCAGACGUGGGCGGGGACGACCCAGGAAGAGGAAACGUGUAGCCACGCCCCCUGGCAAGCUGGAGUCCCGGACAGGAAGGCUGGGCAGGACGGUGCGGUACUCUGAGGCGAGGAAUGGAGGGAGGAAGAGAUUCCACUGUGCCAGAGAGGAGGAUGAGAUGGAGGGAGGAGAGGAGAGGAGUUGGCAGGAUCAGGAGCCGUCCACCAGUCACUCUCUGGAGCAGGUCUUCAAGGCUGGUGGUGUGUGUGAACAGGAGCAGCUAGCCUGUGACCUGGACAGAGCUCUCUCCCUGUCCGUACUCAGUACCACCCGCCGGACGGCAUCUGGAACAGGAGGGAAACAGAAGAUGGGCGGAGGUGGAAAGGUUAGAGGUCAGAGGAAGACGUUUUCUCCUCCUCCUCGCUCUUCCUCUCAACGCUCCAGCUACGACUACAACUCUGACUCUGAAGAGGAUGUCCCCUGGGCGGACUGUCCCCCCCUCUCAGGGUCGCGACCCCACACAGCCCCGCCCAGGAAGAGACCGUCCCCCUCCUCGUCCAAUCAGGCGGCUCGGGAGAGGAAACAGAAGCACUUAUCCCUCCUGCUGCAGGAGGCGGGGCUUAGCUCCUCCGACGACGACUCCUUCGAUCAAGAGUCCUCUGAGGAUGAGGAGGAUGAGGAACAGGGGAGUGAGCUGGAGGAGAGUGGGUUGGGCCUGCUGGCCAGGUUCGCAGCGAGCGCCCUCCCGGUAAACCCCGCCCCGCAGCCCCGUCUCCACGACGACAAACGCCGCCGUAGCAGGCAAAGCGUUCCGGGUGGUGCGGACUCUGGUUCCGACCUGCGCCUAAGGAAGUUCCCCUCUCUGCUCCACGGGAAACGCUCCGCUCCGGAACUCCCCCUGUUACCCCCGGCAACACGCCACGGCGACCGGCCUAGCGAUGAGACCUCGCCGGUCAAACGCGAACCCCGCCCAUCUCCCCGGUCACCCAGGAGAUUCACCUUUGACCACCCCGGGGGAGGGGGAGGGGGAGGGGCUAGCGAGGAGGAAGGAUGGACACGCAGACGCAGCGAGAGGAUCUUCCUCCACGAUGCCUCCACCAAUCAGAUCUCACCCUCCAGCAAAGACCCUCCAAUCGGCGCUAAGCCCGCCCCCAGACCUAAAACCACGCCCAGGGAGGGGAUAGACUUGAUGAAGAAGAAGAGGCUGAAGGACACUCCCCUGACCCCGCCCUCUCUGUCUAGUCCAAUCACAGAGAGCCCUCCUGUAGCCCCUCCCCUCAGCCCUGCUGUGCGCAAGAGCCAAUCAAAAGCCAAGGCUAAACCCAGAGAGGCUCGUGGGGCGGUCAGCAGGCUGAUGAAGAGUAUGGAGGCUGAUGAAGACUUUGAACCCAGUCAGGACAGCAGCUUCUCUGAAGACGACGAACCUCCUCCGUCACACAGCAGUCUGGCUGAGAAGACCCUGUCAUCUGCUCCGGUCCAGUGUGUGUUAGAUAAAGACUCUCUUCAGGACGGUCUGAGGGUUCUGAUCCCCAUGGACGACCAGCUGCUGUAUGCGGGACACGUCAACACCGUACACUCCCCGGACAUUUACAGUGUGGUGGUGGAGGGGGAGAGAGGACAUAGACCUCAUAUCUACUGUCUGGAGCAACUCCUAACCCCUGACCUCUGAUCUCUGACCUCUGUCCUAUAGUUACAGUGUGGUGGUGGAGGGGGAGAGAGGACAUAGACCUCAUAUCUACUGUCUGGAGCAACUCCUGCAG